AUGACGCGCAUUGUGAUUAUCGGAGGUGGAUCUGGCGGUUUCCGUCUGGCUCAAGCUCUCGCCAAGAACCUUACUGAGAAGGACAACACGGAUGUCAUCGUCCUCGAGAAGAACGCCUUCUUCUACCACGUCGUCGGCGCCCCGCGUGCCUACGUGGACGCCGACUACACCGACAAGAUGUUCAUCCCGUACGACAACGCCAUCCCCAAGCACUCCGCCAAGUUCGUGCGCAUCGUGCGCGGCGUGGCCACGCGCAUCUCGGCCGAGACGAACGAGGUGUCGUACCACGCGAUCGGCAGCGACGACCGGCAGAGCGAGGCGACGGAGACGCUGCAGUUCGACUACCUGGUGCUGGCCACGGGCAGCUCGUACUCGGUGCCGAUCAAGCCGGACAGUCGAGAGUUCGCUAGGUCGGCCACGGAGGCCAAGCUGCAGGAGGUGCGCGGCCACAUCGAGAAAGCGAAGAAUGUCCUGGUGGUGGGCGGUGGAUCUGUUGGCGUCGAGGUGGCGGCGGAGAUCAAGGCCAAGUAUCCAACCAAGUCCGUGACGAUCGUCGACGCCAACGACAAGCUCAUUGCUGGCAACAAUCUGCGCAACAAGUUCUACACGUACCUGAACGAGUCACUAGAGAAGCUGGUGGUGGUUUUUUUCUUUCCAAAUCUGCAUCUAAUCUCCAUCUAG